UUCAGCUAUUGUAUUCCCUCUGUUUGAAGUUUCAUUGAGCUAUUGUAUUUCCUCUGUUUGGAGUUUCAUUCAGCUAUUGUAUUUCCUCUGAGAUAGGCCUGCAGCGCUUGAUUAAGAAAAGAGGCAGACUUGUCAAGUUCCAUAUCUUAAAAGAUGGAAACUGUGCUUGCAGCUGCAGUCGUUGGAAAAGUCCGUCAGAUGGUCCUUCAAGAAGUCACUAAUGAGAUAUCUUUAGUGAUGAACUUCAGAGAAGAUUUUGAAGAGUUGAAGAACAAAAUCGAGCAAAUCAAUUGCUUUUUAAAAGAAGCAGAUGGAGAGCGGAGUGAAAAAAAGGAGUCUGUGAUCAACUGGCUAAAGAGAGCCCGUGACCUUGCCUGGCGGGCAGAGGACAUAGUUGAAGAAUGUGCCUUUGAAUUCAUGUAUGGUAAUAUUACUCAGUCAUGCACUCUGAGUUAUAGUCAACUGAUUUUUCGCCUUAGAAUGGGACGAAGAAUUAAAAAGGUCAAAGCUCGAUUGAGCUCCAUUGUUAAAGAGGGAGAUGAGCUGAAAAUAUACAAAGCCACAAUGUCUUCUGCAGCAGCAGAAGCGUCAACAAGUGCACCAGCACAGGGAAAGAAAUCUAGUCUCUUGCCUAGAGAUUCACAUCCAGUAGGGAUAGAUUCCAAGGUUGAACAUCUGAUCAGCUUGUUAGAAGACCCACAAGUUCCGAUUAUAGCCGUCGUUGGUAUGGGCGGCCUGGGGAAGACAUUUCUUCUCCAAAAUUUCUACAACAGAGCAAAAUCCAGGUUUGACUAUUCUAUUUGGCUCUCUAUCUCUAAAUCAUAUUCUGUCAAGGAUUUGCAAAAUGAUAUAGCUUCCCACAUAGAUUUACAAAAAGAAAUUGUAAAUGUAAGUGAAGUGAGAGCGGCUGAAUUGAUUCGUGGCAGUCUGGAAGUGGAAGGGAAAAGAUCCCUUAUUGUGCUGGACGAUGUAUGGACGUUCUCUUAUGAAGAUAAUCUGAUUGAUAAGCUUGGUCUGCCAGCUGAGAGAUAUUCCAAUCUUGUGAUUAGCACAAGAAAUAUGGAGGUUGCUGAAAGUUCGAAGGCACGAAUUUACAAUCUGGAAAAUCUGUCAGAUGAAGAUAGUUGGAGGUUGUUUUGUGCUUAUGCGUUUCCUGAACGUGAGGGAAAUAGACCGCCACCGGAAGUGGAAGAGGAGGGUAGGAAGAUUGUACGACAGUGUGGAAAUUUACCUCUUGCUAUCAAAACGAUAGCAGCAUCCCUGUCCACCAGCAGGCAUGUCAGCGAAUGGGAGUCCAAAUCCCGUCAGCUCCAAAGGGCAGUUACUCGCAUUCCCAAUCGUGACCCUGUCAACGAUAUAUUAAAAUUGAGUUACGAUUCCCUGCCAGCACAUCUUAAAGCCUGUUUUGCUUAUCUUUCUUUCUUCCCUGAGGAUACAGAGAUAGACUGUGAGUACCUGAUAAAUCUAUGGAUUGGGGAGGGAUUCGUCCCAGCUGGAAAGGACCAGUGGGAUAUGGCCUGGCAUUGUUUGUAUGAACUUGUUAAUCUGUGUCUGCUUCAACUAUGGGAAGAUAGAGGGAUGACUGUGUUACAUUCAACCAUAUGUUACAAAUUAUCCAAAAACUGCAAAAUUCACGAUUUAUUGCAUGAUCUGGCCAUAAAAGUCUCUAGAGAAAAUAAAUGUGCCUUUUCUGUUGACAGAGCCAUUACAGAUACAAGUGAUGAUACUGGCUGCUGUCGGAUUUUGCUGGCUAAGCAAGAUAUAAAUGACAAUGCUUUCUCACAGAGCCGUCCUGUUUGCCUCCGUACAGUCUCAUUGUCUCAGAAGAAGGAGAUUAGAAGCAUUCCGGCACACUUUUUUAGAGCUAUGAGAGGGCUGCGUGUUCUGGAUUUGAGCUCCACAAGCAUCUCUGCAUUGCCUGCAUCCAUUGGAAAGAUGAAACUCCUUAAAGUCUUAAACUUAAGGGAUACAUUGAUAGAAGAGGUGCCAGAAUGUCAUUUAGAAUGCGAGAGUAUUAAUCGCAUUCCAAAAGGAUUAUCAAAGCUGGCAUCUUUGAGAAUCCUGAGAUCGAGUAUGUUGGAGCUCUCAAUGGAAGAGGAUGAAUUUGCGAGUGUAGAGGAUUUGGUCAAGAUGACUGAGCUUCAAGAACUACAGUUCAAUGUUAAUGAUGACAUGGAGCUGAAGAGGAUUGAAGACGGGAUCCUUGCGGAGCUGAUGAAGAUGCGUCGUCUGAGAAUCGCAUACAAGACUGGUGCUGGAACGGAGCUUCCACAGUUUCCAGAGAAAAUGAGAGCAAUGAAACAUCUGGAAAGCUUACAUUAG